AAGGAAACUUUUUGUUUUUCUGUUGUCUGUGUUAUUGUGUACGUUUUCAAGUGUUUUUGUCCUUUCACAAGAUGACGUGCCACUCGGAGCUGCAUCUCUGGCGUUUGUAUUUGAUAUCACAGGAUCUAUGUAUGACGAUUUGUUACAGGUCAUCGAAGGAGCAGGGAGAAUCCUAGAAACAGCAAACAGUCGGAGAUUUCAACCUCUGUAUAAUUUUGUUUUAGUUCCAUUCCACGAUCCAGAAAUUGGUCCAGUCAUAGUAACAACAGAUGCAGAAGAGUUUCAAGAUGAACUACGAGAUUUAUAUGUCCAGGGUGGUGGAGAUUGUCCAGAAAUGUCAGUCGGUGCUAUUAAAAAGGCGCUGGAAGUUUCCUUACCUAAUUCAUUUGUUUAUGUUUUUACGGACGCAAGAUCUAAAGAUUAUUACCUGACAGAAGAUGUUCUGACAUUAGUUCAACAAAAACAAAGUCAGGUAGUAUUUGUAUUGACAGGUGAUUGUGGUAAUCACACACAUAAGGGUUUUCAGGCGUAUAAAGACAUUGCAUCUACCAGCUCUGGUCAAGUCUUCUUAUUAGAAAAAUCAAAAGUUAACGAGGUGUUAGAGUUUGUACGUCAAGCAGUGAACGCUAGAAAAGUUAAUCUGAUGUCAGUGGAUCAAGAUACUGGUAGAACACAAAUAUUCGAUAUACCAAUCGACACACAGCUACAGGAAGUUACCUUUUCUGUCUCUGGAACACAACCUAGAAUAACAUUGAUAGAUCCGAAAGGACAGCGGUUAGAAGAAAGGAAUUUGAAUGUAUUUUUGAACAUAACCAACGCAUUGAUUUAUAAUGUGAAAGAUCCCAUACCUGGAGGAUGGCAACUGGAGAUAUCUAGUCGUGGUCCACAUACCAUCAGAGUUACUGGCCUUAGUACAGUUGAUUUCCAGGCGGGUUUCUCUAAAAAUCCUUCUAGAAAUCUGAAUGAUACCGAUUUACGUCCUAUACAAGGUCAGCCAACUAAUCUAUUGUUAAAUACAACUGAUAUGGUGAAACCAGCGGUGUUUACUAAACUUGAGUUAUUAGAUUUAAAAGGUACACCAUUGGCUCAAUAUCCUGUGUAUCGUGAUCCAAUCAAUCUAGAUCUAUAUAACGUCAGCACCUCGUUUAUACCCCCAGAUGAUUUCUUUUAUAUAAAGGUUGAUGGUAUAGAUUCUGAAGGUUACACUCUCCGUCGAACUACGCCAACAGCAAUCAGUCCCAGAAUUCCCACCAAACCCAAUGUUUUCAUGCCUGCAGUAACGAGAGGUUUUUACGAUCAGACGGCUGUCAUCACCUGUCAUGUUGACAGUCUUGUGCCAUUUUCUGUCAAGUGGUAUCGAGAAGGAAUUAAAAUGGGGCCUGAUCAAUAUUUUAGUGAUUCUGCCAAUGCCACACUUUUAAUACCAAGAGCGGGAGAAUUCUCAGAAGGUGAUUACAUGUGUAACGCUUCAAGUCUGGCUGGUUUCACAAAUGUCUCGACAUACCUGGAUAUCAGCGAUCCACCACCUGUGAUUUUACCACCACAGAAUGUAUCAGUCUUGCCUAGGCAGUCUGCAUAUUUAACAUGUGAAGCCUACAGUACUGUACCUUAUAACAUGACCUGGACUAAAACUGGACGUAGAUUUCUAACUUACGAUGAUAGAAUUAAAGUUUUACCAAAUGGCACUCUAGAAAUCACUAAUGUGGGUAAACAAGAUGAAGGUCAGUAUAAUUGUACUGCUAGAAAUGAAGGUGGAUCAACAUCUGCUCGUAUUUACCUUAAAUUACAAGUGGCCCCAUUGGUGCGGACCAUUCCUCGAGAACAGAAUUUUGUUGUUGGCCAAACGAUUAAUGUGACAUGUGUAGCGGAAGGAUACCCUAAACCAACAUUUACAUGGAUGAGAAGAAAUCAACUUGUAAUACCAAACGAUCGAUAUAUUGUUAAAAAGGGAUUUUUGCUUAUUAAGGAUAUAGAGCGUGAAGAUCAAGGAGACUUUGAAUGUUUAGCAAGGAAUUCGGCUGGACAUGAUACAGCCAUUGCAAGACUUAGUUAUAUCGAGGCUCCAAGAAUUGAACAAUACAAGAAAAGAUUAUUGGUUGCUAAGGGUGAUAAGGCAACAUUAUUCUGUGAUGCUGACGGUAUUCCUCCACCAAAUAUUACAUGGUACAGAGGAGAUCGCAUUGUACAGACAGCCUAUGAUUCUGUGGUAACACGAGAUGGUAAACUGGUGAUGAAUAAUGUUCAGCGACUGGAUUCUGGUGAAUAUAAAUGUGUUGCAUCUAAUGAAGCUGGAAUGGACAACGCUACAGUUUUAUUGGAGAUUGGUUCUCCACCUACGAUAGUAGCGACAUCACGAACAGUUGGUAUAGAAAUACAAAAGAACGGUGUUCUACCAUGUAGAGCCAAAGGUUCUCCUCCACCUAAAAUUAUUUGGCAGAGAGGGGAUGGUAAACCUUUUAACAAAAGCAAUCGAUUACGUCAACUACCAAAUGGUGGACUGCAAAUCAAUAACAUCCGCCUGGGUGAUGAAGGUAUAUAUACCUGUCUAGCACAGAAUCAUUUUGGUGUUGCUGAUAAAUCUACUUUUGUUAGUGUUACUGGAAUUGUGCGACCAUUGAUAGCCUACAGUUACCCAUUUAUCAAAGUUUUAGAAGGUGAUUCAGCUACUUUAGACUGCACGAUUUUACUCGGCAAACCUAAGCCUAAAGUAGCAUGGAUGAAAGAUGGACGUAAUCUUCGACAGAGCGCUAAAAUAAAACUAAAAGGAAAUGGAAAAAUAGAGAUUAUGAAUGUAACUCAGGGUGAUGAUGGUGAAUAUGUCUGUGUAGCGUCGAAUAUUGGUGGAAACGCAACUUACCAUGUCACUGUUGAUGUCAUAGGCCCACCAAAAUUACUUCAAGAACUGGAGAAAGAUAAGAAAAAUAAAUUUACAGUUAUACAGGGACGUGGAAUCGUAAUUCCAUGUAAUGUAGAGGCUGAUCCUCGACCUUCAUUUACCUGGUUUAAAGAUGGUAGCCCCAUCUCAUUAACCGACAUCCAUUAUUAUAUGCGUGAUGAUGGAAGUUUAGAAAUAUUCAGCGCAGAUCCCCAGGAUACAGCCCAAUAUAAAUGCGUAGCAUCCAAUAAAGCAGGAGAGGUUGAAAAGAAUGUUAGACUUUAUGUUCAAGUUGGACCGUCAAUCAAUGGUAAAACGGAGGAACGUUAUGAGGUACUAGAAGGCAAACCGAUAGUUUUACCAUGUCAAGCAGAGGGUAAUCCUAGACCUGUAAUCAGCUGGAGACGUAAUUUCACACCGUUCCGUCCACGGUCAACAAGAUAUUCUAUAAAAAAAGGUGGUAUUCAUAUCAGUAAGACAAAAGUACGAGAUAAGGGUAUCUAUGAAUGUAUCGCAUCAAACACAGCUGGAAAUACAACAAAAGUUAUAACGCUGGUUGUCUACAUUCCACCAUCAAUAGAAAGUGGAGAAACAUCAAUAACAAUGAUGGAAGGGGAUCCUGUUUUAUUUGAAUGUGAGACUUUCGGUGAUCCCAAACCCUCUGUGGUUUGGACGAAGAAUGAUACCAUCAUGGAUAUUAUGUCAGAAAACAGUCGAUAUUUGGUUUACGGAAGUGGAUCAUUAGCUAUUGAUGCUGCAACAUUGAGGGAUGCUGGGAAAUAUACUUGCCUGGCAACUAAUCCAGCUGGUUCAGCAUCAGUGGAUUUCUCUCUCACAGUUCAUGCCCCACCAAGCCUGCCAUUAGAUAUACCAGAUUCAACCCAGAUAAUUGAAAACAACCCUGUCAUUCUGCCAUGUCCAGCUACCGGUACUCCUACACCAAGAAUAGUCUGGUUAAAGAAUGAAGUCCUGGUUACAGGAGACGAACUUGGUAUAAAUAUUUUAUCGGAUGGAUCAUUAGAGAUCAAGUCUGCGGAUGCUGAAGAUACAGGACAGUAUAGAUGUAUGGCUAUCAAUGUGGCAGGAAAUGCAACUAGAGUUGUUGACCUUAAAAUUCUUAUUCCACCAAAGUUAUUGGGUCCUGAUGGAAUAGAUGAACCAGAGAAAGUCAAAGUUGUAGUUAAUGACACAAUAACCCUUCGUUGUCCUGUCGCAGAUGAUGUAGAUCCAAGACCUUCUGUACUCUGGUACAAAAACGAACGCCCAUUAAUCCUUAAUAAAGAAGAUUCUAGAAUUGAAAUAUUAAAGGAUGGAAUGGAGUUAUCUUUAUCGCAAACUCUUGUUGAUGACACUGCCAGAUAUAAAUGUGUGGCUACAAAUAUCGCAGGUGCUAUAGAAAAAGAUUUUGAUUUAGAAGUACAAGUUCCUCCUGUUAUUGAUGACCCCACGGCAUCUCCAGAUAAUAUGUCGGUUGUGAUUGGUCAGCCUCUUUACAUUAACUGUCCCGUAUCUGGUAUUCCACCACCACAAGUAACAUGGUAUAAAGAUGGUAUGGUAGUCUCCCCAGAACUUGAUCCAAACCUGCGUAUCCAGGCCAAUGGAAGACGUCUAGAAAUUGUCAGUGCGAAGGUGAGAGAUAGAGGGCGGUAUCAGUGUGUUGGUGAGAAUAUCGCCGGUAAAACUAACAAAGUUUAUACAGUAGAUGUUCAUGUACCGCCACGAGUUGAGAAUCCAGGAACUAUUGAUAAAACAGAAGUAAUGACCAAUCAGACGAUCAAAUUAACCUGUCCUGCUACGGGCAUCCCACUACCAGAGAUCACAUGGUUUAUAGAUAAUCAGCCAAUCAAAUUCAACACCAGUAAAUAUACCCUACUUAAUGCUGGUUGGUUGUUGACGAUUGCUAAUGCUGAUGUUUCUGAUAGUAAUAGAUAUAUCUGUAGAGCUGAGAACAUUGCUGGAGAAAAUGAGAAGGUUUUUGAUGUGGAAGUUUUAGUUCCACCAAAAAUCAACCGUGAAACCAGCGAUCCAAAUCCUAAUGUGGUUGUCAAUACAACAGCAGUCAUCAACUGUCCUGUUACUGGUAUUCCUAUACCAGAAAUUUUAUGGUAUAGGAAUGGAGUUCUACUAGACAGCACGGUUACGCCUCGUUUUGAGAUUCUCGGUCAAGGACGGCAACUUAGAAUUCACUUAUCCCAAGUUCAAGAUCGUGGACGUUACACAUGUUUAUCCAGGAAUCGUGCUGGUGAAGAUUCAGUAGAUUUUAGUCUCAGUGUAUUUGUUCCUCCGUCUAUUGAUUCCCAGGGAAUAAAUCGCAAACCUAAAGUUGUUGCUAACAGCUCUGUUACCAUAGAUUGUCCUGCAUCCGGAGUCCCGCCUCCUAAAGUCACAUGGUACAAGAACUCUCAGGUAAUCAACAUCAUUGGUAGUCGCCAUCUAUCAGUGGUCAAUCAAGGUACACAACUUGUUGUUCAGAGUGCCAAUAUUGAGGAUGCCGGCCGAUAUACCUGUGUAGCAUCUAACGAAGCAGGAGAAAAGGAAGAGAAUUUUGACCUGGAAGUUCAAGUUCCGCCCAGUAUUCCUGAUUUUGGUAUUGUGACGGAUCCGAAAGUUGUUGAGAAUGAUUCGGUAGUCUUGGACUGUCCAGCUCUUGGUUUACCAAUACCUGAAGUAAAUUGGCUACAGAAUGGACAACCCCUUGACUUUGAAGAGAAUCCCCACAUUUCCAUAGUAGAGAAUGGUAGACGACUUGUUUUUGACGGUACUGAGGUUUCUGAUUCGGGAACAUACACCUGUAUCGCAUCAAAUGAAGCCGGAACUCAAGAAAAACAAUAUAACUUAGAAGUACGAGUGCCUCCAUCAAUAGAUGCUGAAUCUGUAGAUGAUAAUCCACGUGUUAUAAAAGGUCAUACAGCCACAAUACAUUGUCCUGUUACGGGUAUACCAUUUCCUGAUAUAAUGUGGUUAAAGGACGGACAACCAAUUGAUGAAGGUUUACGAUAUAAUAUUAUAAAUCGCGGAAUGCAAUUACGUAUACAAGAUACCACAGAAACUGAUUCAGCACAAUAUAGUUGUAGAGCUACCAACCCAGCUGGUUCUGAUCGAGCUGAAUUUGAUUUAAUUGUACUUGUUCCACCUGUGAUUGAUGAAUCAAAUGUUGUCUACAAUCCAAAAGUUAUCCAAGAUCGUCACGUUAUCCUCGAAUGUCCAGUAUCUGGCAACCCAAGACCUGAGGUAAACUGGCUGUUAAACGGUGAACCUGUGGUUGAAACAGAUCGAAUUCGUGUUGUUAAAAAUAAUCUGUUACUGGAGAUAAAUCGAGCACAGGUGGUGGACUCAGCAAGGUAUUCCUGUAUUGCUACUAACGAGGCUGGAGAACUAAGGAGAAAUUUCCAACUUGAAGUCUUAGUGCCACCAACAAUCGACAGAACCAAAAUUAGCGACAACAAAUCUGUCAUACAAAAUAAAACACUGUAUCUGGAUUGUCCAGUCUCGGGAGUUCCUCAACCUUCAAUUAUCUGGCUGCGUAACUCUGUUCCUCUGCUUGACUUUCCAUAUAAAAACCUACGAUUGAUGGAUAACGAUCGACGUCUUGAAAUUAGUAACGCCCAGACAGAGGAUGCUGGGAUAUACACAUGUAAAGCAAGUAAUGCGGCUGGAAGAGAUAAAGUUGAUACCAAUGUUCUUGUUCAUGUUCCACCGAUAAUAGCAGGACCAAUAGGAGUAACUGAUAUUGUGGUGAAAGAGAACGAAGCUGUCAAUCUUUACUGUAAUAUCACUGGUGUUCCUCUACCAAACAUUAUUUGGCUGAAAGAUAACGAAAUCAUUGUUGAUUCUCCAGAGUCAAAUCUACGUAUUUUAUUAGAUGGCCAGUUGUUAAAAGUUUUAGAUGCAUCGACAGAAGAUACGGGACGUUAUAUAUGUCAAGCUAAAAAUGAUGCUGGAGUGGCAGAAAAAUUAUAUCAGUUGGAAACGUUAGUCCCUCCAAAAAUAAAUGGAUCAGGAGAACUACAGGUAGUCCCUGUUAUCAUGGAUCAAUCUGUUAGACUCGAAUGUCCAGCUGCAGGCAUUCCUCCACCUGUUAUACGCUGGUAUCGUCAAGGUAAACAGAUACCUCUCUACGGAUUACCAAACAUCAGAAUUGUGGAGAACGGACAUGCUUUGAUUGUCGUCAGUGCCCAGUUUUUAGAUUUUGGUGAUUAUAGUUGUCGAGUACAGAAUGAUGCUGGAGUGGAUAAUCUAGAGUUUCUUCUUUCUAUAUUAGUUCCACCAGAAAUAAGAAGUGGACCGCGUCAGGUUGCAGCCGUUAUUGAUGCUAAGGCUGUUUUAGAAUGUAAGACGAGUGGACAGCCUCGACCUAAAAUCACAUGGGAGAAAGAUGGGAAACCUUUCCCCUCAACCGGAUUACGUCAUCGUAUGUUGGCGUCUGGUUCAUUAGAAUUUGUUGGGGUACGUAUUGAAGAUACGGGAGAGUAUACAUGUACCGCGUCUAACGACGCUGGUAACAUCACCAGAAAUAUACAACUUAGUGUCUCCGUACCAGCCAUGAUUAAAGAAAUUGGUCCAUCUGUAGUAAAGUCACCAAUAGGGGAAGAGGUCAUGUUAUCGUGCGAGGUCGAGGGGUCCCCAAAACCCAAAAUUCUAUGGUUGAGAAAUCGUGGCAUUAUCAACAGUGAUGCCAGUGCUGGUUAUACUGUGAUGGAGAAUGGUUCCCUAUAUAUUGAACGUGUAGAAUUAUAUGAUACUGGGGUUUAUACUUGUAUUGCUCAAAAUGUAGCUGGUAAUGAUAACAGGGAGAUAACUCUAGAAGUACAAGUUCCGCCAAAGAUUGACAGUUUCCAGAAACAGUUUACAGUUUUGCAGAAUCGCACAGUUGUUAUACCCUGCUCGGCAGACGGCGUACCCUCACCAAAAAUAAUCUGGAAAAAAAAUGGCCAAGACAUAACUCCAACGAACUAUGAUUUAUCGUAUAGUCGUGUUCACUUCAUCACCCUACAGACUGGAGGUCUAGCGAUACCACAUACAAGAGCAGAAGAUGCUGGAAUGUAUACAUGUAUUGCAGUUAAUGAUGCUGGCAAUGAUACAAUUGAACUUGAACUUAUCGUACAAGUUCCACCUCAGAUUGUCUCGGCUUCACGACAGUAUCAAACAACAGUUGGUGAUCGUGUAGAACUCCCUUGUGAUGUUAAAGGAAACCCCAAACCAUGGAUAGAUUGGUCUCGAGAUGGUCGGCGUAUUGAUACGCGGGAAGCCAGAUUUAACAUCCUAGAUAAUGGGUCUCUAGUUAUAUCAGAUAUACAAGAAGAUGACACAGGAAGAUAUGUCUGUUCUGCAUCAAACGUUGCUGGUAGAGAUUCACAGAGUAGAUUACUACGUGUACAAGUUCCACCAAGAAUCAUACGUUCUCCCCAAGACACUCAAGUUACCAUGAAUUCCCAAAUGGAACUACAGUGUGUAGCAAUUGGUGUUCCUACACCAUCAAUAACAUGGAUGUUAAAUGACCGUCUGGUGCCAUAUGCUAAUAGUGUGAAUGGCAGAAGUAAUUAUUUUGUGAGAAAUGUGAUGAAAGAGGAUGCUGGGGAGUAUACCUGCGUUGCUACCAACCCGGCUAACGGAGAACAGGUGAUGGAGAAAGCCAGAGUCAUAGUUACAGUACCACCAAGAGUUACCCCCCAUGGUGAUAAAUCUGUCAGUGUUCGGGAAAGAGUCAUGCUUUCAUGUUCAGUUACUGGGGAUAAUACAAAUAUAAUCUGGACUAAAAAUGGCAGACAAAUCACCCUUAACAACAGGAUACAGCAACUGAGUAAUGGUUCAUUAAUAAUAUACGACUCUACGGCGUCUGAUGCAGGAGAAUAUAAAUGUAUUGCUAGUAACGAUGCUGGAACUUCAGAGGGUGUUGCCAUGUUAACAGUUAGACAACCUCCUACUUUUAAGAUCGAGCCGUCAAAUAUCACAGCGAAACUUGGUGAUACAGUAAUAUUUGAUUGUUCAGCUGAAGGUGAACCCAAACCGGCUAUGUACUGGUGGAAGAAUACUGUAGAAUUAGAAUCUGAGGGAAGGAUUACAAUAUUGCCCAAUAACUCAUUACGUAUUGUGGCCAUCCAAUUGAAAGAUUCCGAGAUGUAUCGAUGUUUCGCCAGUAACAAUAUCGGUAAAACAGCUGUUGAGGCUCAUCUUAUAGUUGUAGUUGAUGGUAUGUGGUCUUCGUGGGGUGAGUGGGAAUCAUGUAGUAUUACCUGUGGUGUAGGAUUACGCUAUAGAUCACGUACAUGUUCUAAUCCGCUACCAGCUAAUGGAGGUAAAGUGUGUCAUGGUGAAACAAGAGAGUCAUCAUCUUGUGCUGCUCAGGCUUGUCCAGUUGAUGGUAGUUGGGGAAACUGGGAAUCAUGGGAUCAAUGUAGUACUACAUGUGGUUCAGGAACCAAACAACGUAUCAGAUUAUGUAAUAACCCUACACCUCAACUAGGAGGGCAACCAUGCCCAGGAAAUAGUACACAGAUCACCAGCUGCGAAGAGACUAUUUGUCCUAUAAAUGGAGGAUGGGGUGAAUGGGGUUUGUGGAAUCCCUGUAGUCGAUCGUGUGGUGAAGGAUAUCGUAGUCGUGAAAGAAAGUGUGACAGUCCACGACCACAGUUUGGAGGUUUAAAAUGUUUCGGAUCAGCUACAGAAACAGAAAUAUGUUUAACACAAAGAUGUGCAGUUGAUGGAGAUUGGAAUGACUGGACGUCAUGGUCUUCAUGUACGUUAUCAUGUGGUGGAGGAUCCCGUGCUAGAAGUCGAGAAUGUAAUAAUCCACCACCACAACUAGGGGGAGCUUUCUGUGUUGGUUCCGAUUCUCAAAAAGAUUACUGUAAUAUGGAACCAUGUCCUGUACAUGGUAAUUGGUCACCGUGGGAUGAAUGGGGUGAGUGUAGUAAUAGUUGUGGGGGUGGACAGAGAAAGAGGUUUAGAUAUUGUACUAACCCACCACCAGGUAUUGGGGGUCGACUGUGUCCAGGUCAAGCCGAGGAGACAUCCAAUUGUAAUCCAGAUCCAUGUCCAGUUAACGGAAGAUGGGCAGCAUGGUCUGAUUGGUCGGAAUGUUCCAAGUCAUGUGAUGGUGGAACACGUCAACGUAGACGAGAAUGUACACAGCCUCAAUAUGGUGGACGUGGUUGUCUUGGUAACAUAGAACAGGUUGAUGAAUGUAAUAACAAACCAUGUUAUAAAUUUCCAAUUAUUGCUUCUGGAAAUUUGAUUGGUAAUAUAAAUAAUAUUGAUAUAGCGGCCGGUACGAUUGUAUCCGAGAUGUUACCAACAGAAACCGGAACAAGAGUCAAGGCAACAGUAUUGAAUAUUCCAUCAGAUGUUGUACGUCACCUGCAACAUCUAACAUCUAUAUUAUCACCAAUUUAUUGGACGACUGCUAAAGAAGUUGGGGGAGCAUAUAAUGGUUUUACGUUAACUAAGGGAGAAUUCCAACGAGAAGUACAGGUAGAAUUUGCUACAGGUGAAAUAUUAAAGAUGAACCAUUAUGUUAAUGGUAUGAAUAAACAGGGUGAAUUACAAUAUGAGGUUGUAGUUCAAGGUCGGGUACCUGAUCUUGGUGAGAUGAAGAACGUGGUUAUUAAACCUUACAGUGAAGAUUAUAUACAAACUGGACCAGGUACAAUAUAUGCCAGUUCUUCACGUCUGUUUCAAGUUGAUGAUCACAUCAUGCCAUACGCGUGGAAUCAUACAAUAACUUACAAUGAUAAACAUGGUGCAAUGCCGUUCCUUGUUGAACGAUUACAGACUAGUGAUAUCGAGGUUAAUCUAGAUGAUAAUGGUGCCGUUGUUAAUUAUCAACUCCAUGCAAACAUCGCACCAGGUUCUCCAAGUAAUACUUGUCCCAGUGGUUUUGAUUUAGAUCCAGAAGGUCCAUAUUGUAAAGAUGAUGAUGAAUGUUUAAGAAGUCAACCAUGUGGUCAUUUCUGUCAUAAUUCACCAGGAAGUUACGCCUGUUCUUGUCCCUCUGGUUACGUUCUAAAGGCAGAUGGCAGCACAUGUACAGAUGUGGAUGAAUGUUCAACCAAUGGUGAUGUUUGUCCAUUAAAUCAACAAUGUAUUAAUACGCCUGGUUCAUAUUCCUGUGCUGCCAUUUGUACACCUGGCUUUAAGCGAUCCGAAGAUCGUCUCUCUUGUAAAGAUGUGAAUGAAUGUGAAGAAAAUAGCCGUCUAUGUUCCCAUCAAUGUACAAAUGUUAUUGGUAGUUAUCAAUGUUCAUGUAAAGAUGGCUAUAGACUCUCAUUUAGAGGAAGAUGUUUUGAUAUAAACGAGUGCCGCCAAGCUGUUAAUCCAUGUACACAUCGUUGUAUAAAUACUAGAGGUAGUUACAGAUGUAGCUGUCCUAGAGGUUACAGACAAAAAACACAAACACUUUGUGAAGAUAUAGAUGAGUGUAAAGAUGGCAGCCAUCGAUGUAGAGCUGAUCAACAAUGUGAGAAUACAGAUGGUAGAUACAUAUGUAGAAAUACUUGUCCUUCUGGUUACCAACGACAACAAAAUGGCAGAUGUACUGAUGUAGAUGAAUGUUUGUUAAGACGACAUCGCUGUCUAUCUAAUCAACGAUGUAUUAAUACACCUGGUAGCUACAGGUGUGCCUGUCCACCAGGUUUAGAAUCACGUGGCCCAGGACAAGCUUGCACAGAUAUUGAUGAAUGUGAAACAGGAAAGAAUUUAUGUCAACAUAACUGUACAAAUACUCGUGGAAGUUACACUUGUGACUGUCCUCCUGGCUACAGAACAACUAAAGAUGGUUUCGGUUGUACAGAUAUCAAUGAAUGUUUAGAAAGAAGAGUAAAUUGUGGAGAAGAGAAUAUGUGUUUUAAUCAACGUGGAUCUCAUACAUGUAUAUCAAUACCUUGUCCUAAAGACUAUGUCAGAGAUCCUACAACAGAUUAUUGUGUUUUGGAAUGUGUUGAUCCAAACAUCCCAUGUCCCCCUGGUUCAAAAUAUGCUGACAUCAUCCAGUUUAAAACCUUGGCUCUUCCGAGUGGAAUAAAGGCCUUACAAGAUCUGGUCAGAUUAACUGCAUAUAACCAAAACGAUGAACAUUUACGACAAACUUUGUUUAGAAUUCUAGAAAAUGAUCCGAAAAUGGAAUUUAGAAUUCGAUUGGAGAAUGGAAAAGGAGUUGUGUAUACAUUAAAGGCAUUAGAAGAUAAUGAAAUUUAUAAAAUUAUGGUGAAAGCUCAAUCGUAUGACAACAGACGGCGACAUAUACAAUACCAAACAACUUUCAUUAUACAUAUAUCUGUUUCAGCCUAUCCCUACUAAAAAAACCAUUCAAAUUAAAAAGCCCAUGACCUCUUCCAUAUUUGGGUGAAAAAUGAUAGUGUCAAAUUCAUUAGUUUUGAUUUGUUAAUAUGUGAGAUGGAUUUUAUUUUAUUUCCACAGAUUCAGCCAAUUUUUAUAUAUCAACAGUUUUACUAAAAAUGAAACUAAGAUUUGUAAACAAAGCAACUACUGCUUAGGUUUACUCAGUGGAAAUGGAAUUUAAUUGUGCAGAUUUUUGUCUCAUCAUUUAUAGAAACAAUACAUCAAUCAACACAACUCGACACUUGAUAUGGAACUAAAUCAGAUUUAGCUCCUUUAAAUAUUAUACAUCAUUUUUAGACAUUACAACUAUAUAUAGCCUUUUAUAAGAAGAGCUGGUUUUGAAGUGUAAUUUAACAAAUACAUCAGCUUAAUGAAAAAAAGAGUUGAUUUGUCUUGGUUAUAAAAAAAAGAUAUCUCACAUAAUUUAAUGUAUACACUAGGAAUUCAUUAUAGGUGUGUGACAGCAUGGCCCCCACUGGUGUUAUAGGGAAAUCCUAAGGUAUAAUAUAUAAAUGUCCAACUAUAGUUGGUGUUGUGCAUGUAGUCAUGUCCUUGUAUAUAAGGGUUUACCUAUAUCAUGGGUGUAGUCAUAUUGAACAUCAACAUCAGUAUAUGUAAGGGUCUCCCUAUAACAUGUGUGUAGGCUGUGGACAUCAACAUCAGUGUUAUAGUGAUCAGGAUGUUGUUAUAUAGUGAAGUCCUUGCAUAGGUAUAGUCAGUUGAUAUCAACAUUGGUGUGAUAGUGAAGUCUUAGUGUAUAAUAUACAUGGGUCUAUCAAUGGGUGUAAUCAGUGGACUGGACAUCCACAUGAGUGUUGGGAUGUCCUACUGUAUAGUAAUAUAUAAGGGUCUCACUAUAAUAUGCGUGUAGUCGGUGGACACCUCCAUCAGUGUGGUCAUGGGUGUAUUCAGUGUACACCAACAUCAGUGUUAUAUAUAUGUACUUACAUCAUCUUUUGGUUUAUUUGUACAUUUGUUUUAUAUUUGAAUACAGUUAUUAUAUUAUGUACAUCAAAUUUGUUUAAAGUCAGAAUUAGAGUGUAAAACGUCUUGUUGGCUAUAUUAGAUAGUGAUUAUUCUGGCUGGUGGGAUUUCUUUUACUAUUAAUGAAAGCAAGUAGAUGAUAUUUCAAUUUAACUCUUAGUAAAUUAUGUUGUAUUUGAUAUUGGAUGUGUUUAUGGUAAGCUUCCCAAGACAAUUUGGAAUGUCCAAUCACUAUUCUGUUCAUACCACAUCAGGAUUAUGAUUUCAUCAAUUCGGUACAUUCUAGACUGACAAGCAAGCACACACCCUUUUUAUACGCCCACAUUUUCAUGUGGACGUAUAUUGUCGUCGCCCCUGUCCGUCCGUCCACAAUUGUUUGUGGACACUCUACAGGUCACAACUUGAAAUAUAGGUUUAUCACCCUAAGAUCUCGGUUCCUUUCGAUAUUGGCUUGUAUAGGAUCGUAACUUCAUGGAUUAUGGCCCCUGAUUGUAUGAAAAAUCGCGUUUUUAGCUUGUGAACCCUAUAGAGGUCAUAAUUUUUACCCGAUUUAAAAAACGUUUUAAUAUAUCACCGCUACAGACUAAGGAUGGUUGAGUUCGAAUUUCGUAAAAAUUGGACCAAAACUGACAGACAAAAUGGCCGCCCCUCGUACUGAAAUAGCUAAGAAUAUGGUAUAUCAAUGUUGUGGACCCUCUAGAGGUCACAAUUUUCUUCUGAUUUUGAUGAAACUUGAAAUGUAAGUUUAUAACCCAAAUAUCUCGGUUCCUUUUGAUAUUUGGUGCAUAUCGGAUAGUAACUUCCUGAAUUAUUGCCCCUGAAUGUACGAAAAAUCACUUUUUUAGCUUGUGGACCCUAUAGAGGUCAUAAUUUUUAUCCGAUUUAAAAAAUACGUUUUAGUAUAUCACCGUUACACUCAAAGGAUGGUUGAGUUCGAAUUUCGUAAAAAAUGGACCAAAACUGACAGAUAAAAUGGCCACCCCUCGUACUCAAAUAGCGUAAAAAUAUGGUAUAUCAAUGUUGUGGAACCUCUAGAGGUCACAAUUUUCUUCUGAUUUUGAUGAAACUUAAAAUGUAAGUUUAUAACACAAAGAUCUUGGUUCCUUUCGAUAUUCGCACAUAUUGGAUUGUAACUUCCUGAAUUGUGGCCCCUGAUUGUACGGAAAAAUUAGUGUAAACAUCUGGUAUAUCAAAGUUGUAGACCCUCUAGAGGUCACAAUUUUGAUCUUAUUUUGAUGAAACUCGAAAUGCAUGUUUAUAACCCAAGGAUCUUGGUUCCUUUCGAUAUUCGGGCAUACUGGAUAGUAACUUCCUGAAUUAUGGCCCCUGAUUGUAUGAAGAAUCAUGUUUUUAGCUUGUGGUCCCCUCUUAUCCAAUUAUUAUCCAAUUUAAAAAAAACGUUCGAAUAUAUCACUGAUAUACCAUAAUGUUUAUUGACUUUGAAUUUUGUGAAAAUCGGGCCAAAACUGCCGGACAAAAUGGCCGCCCCUCGUUCGCAAAUAGUGUAUAGCAUCUGGUAUAUCAAGCUUGUGGACCCACUAGAGGUCACAAUUUUGAUCCGAUUUUGAUGAGAGUUGCAAUACAUGUUUAUAACCCAAAGAUCUUUGUUCCUUUUGAUAUUUACGCGUAUCGGAUCGUAAAGUCCUGAAUUAUGGCCCUUGAAUGUACCAAAAAUCACGUUUUUAGCUUGCCGUCCAUGUAGAGGUCACAAUUUUUAUCCAAUUUAAAAAAAACAUGUGAAUAUAACACCAUUACACACUAAGAUCUUGGUUCCUUUUGAUAAUCGCGUAUAUCCGAACAUAACUUCCUGGAUUAUGCCUGAUUGUUCGAAAAAUCGCAUUUUUAGAUUGCGGAUUCGCUAGAGGUCACAAUUUUUUUUUCCAAUUUUAAAAACCGUUAAAAUAUUUCACCAUUCCACCAUAAUGAAGGUUGAAUUCGAAUUUCGGGGAAAUGAAACUGCCCGACAAAUUGGCUGCUCUUUGUACACAAAUUGUGUAAAAGUAUGCAAUACGAAGGUUUUGGACCCUCUAGAGGUCACAAUUUUUAUCCGAUUCAGAUGAAACCUAAAACAUAUCUUUAUAUCCCAAAGAUCUCAGUCCCUUUUGAUAUUUACGCAUUUCAGACCAUAACUUUCUCGAUUAUUGCCCCUGAUUGUACAAAAAAUCCUGUUUGUUUUUAGCUUGUUUUCUAUCCAUGUCUUGCAAAAUGUGGGUGUAUACUGCCUGGCAGCCGAUGGUUUUUCCGAGUUAGCGAAAUUUUCAUUGAUAAUUAAGCUUGCACUUAUUUAUUCAAGAGGGAAUUAGGCACACUGCACAGAUGUAGUGUAAGCAGAAUCAUGAUGUAAUCAUGGGUUUAUCCAGCUGUGAAGAGUUGCUAAAAAAAAAUUGGGUCUAUAAGAUGUUUCUGUUAUACAACAAUUCUAUGUUUACCCAUGAUUUAUAGUCACCCACAAUUCUUGUUAUUAUUCGAUUAGGGAAUUCAUUUACAGAUCAUUCAAUUCCCAACAAGUAUAUUAUGAGUAAAAUUAGCCCAAUACCAGUCCUAGUACUGCUUUUCAUUUGGAGCUUUAUAUUGUAUGACAUAGUUAUUUUUUAUUUCAAAUUAAAUUUAAUAAGUAAAAAGUUUGUUCAGAUAAAUCUCACACACCAAUAUUGAAUUAUUAUUAAGGCUUGUCGUUCUAGUCUUUGUUGGAUUAUCUAGUCCAAUUUAAUUUGUAAAUUAAAUAUACACACACAUAUAUUUAAACACCAUUGAAGGUUUUUUUUAUGUUUUAUAUUCACAUAAGAUAAAUUUAUAAUUAAUGUUAA